AUCGAAUCUUACUGUCAACCACCCAAAUAUACCAUGGCGACGGUCAGCCUCACAGAGAUACGCUCAAAGAACCGCCUGCCUAAAAACGUCAAACUUCCCCCGGAAAAUGAACGAUAUAUGCGGGCGUGCGCCGACAUUGCGUCUGCGCUCAUCCAGGACUAUGAAGCGCAGGCCGAUGGCUCGAAGCCGAAGAAAGAUCUGAACCUAAAUGCUCUGCGGGGCCAGAUAUCGAAGAAGCAUUAUUUGAAGAGCCAGCCGCCGCUCACCGCGAUCAUUGCGGCGGUACCGGAGCAUUAUAAAAAAUACAUCUUACCGAAGUUGAUCGCGAAACCGAUUCGAACGUCAUCAGGCAUUGCUGUAGUGGCAGUCAUGUGCAAACCGCACCGCUGCCCACACAUCUCCUACACAGGCAACAUCUGCGUCUACUGCCCAGGAGGGCCAGACUCAGACUUCGAGUACUCGACGCAAUCCUAUACCGGCUACGAGCCAACGUCCAUGAGAGCCAUCCGAGCACGGUAUGAUCCUUAUGAACAGGCACGUGGCCGAGUCGACCAAAUCAAGUCUCUCGGCCACAGUGUCGACAAGGUGGAGUACAUCAUCAUGGGCGGCACAUUCAUGUCGCUCCCGGAACCCUACCGGGACGAAUUCAUCUCACAACUGCACAACGCGCUUUCUGGCUAUCAGACCAAGAACGUGGACGAGGCUGUCGCAGCGGGCGAAAUGAGCAAUAUCAAGUGCGUUGGCAUUACCAUCGAAACACGGCCAGACUACUGCCUCGACACCCAUCUCUCCGCCAUGCUCCGCUACGGCUGCACGCGGCUAGAAAUCGGCGUCCAAUCCCUCUACGAGGACGUAGCUCGCGACACAAACCGUGGCCAUACCGUCGCCGCCGUCGCAAAAACCUUAUGUCUCGCCAAAGACGCCGGCUUUAAAGUAGUCUCGCACAUGAUGCCAGACCUACCCAACGUCGGUGUGGAGCGUGAUCUCGACCAAUUUGUCGAAUACUUCUCAAACCCCGACUUUCGCACCGACGGCCUGAAGAUCUAUCCCACGCUCGUCAUCCGCGGUACCGGCCUCUACGAGCUCUGGCGGACAGGCAGAUACAAAAACUACACACCGAACGCACUUAUUGACAUCGUAGCCCGCAUUCUCGCUUUAGUCCCGCCAUGGACCCGCAUCUACCGCGUGCAGCGCGACAUCCCCAUGCCGCUCGUCACCUCAGGCGUAGAAAACGGCAACCUGCGCGAACUCGCCCUCGCCCGCAUGAAAGACUUCGGAACCACAUGCCGCGACGUGCGCACCCGCGAAGUCGGCAUCAACGAAGUAAAGCACAAAAUCCGACCUGAUCAGGUCGAGCUCGUGCGCCGCGACUACACAGCAAAUGGCGGGUGGGAAACCUUCCUCGCGUAUGAAGACCCGAAGCAAGAUAUUCUUAUCGCACUGUUGCGGCUCAGGCAAUGCUCGAAGGAGCAUACGUUUCGGCCGGAGUUAACGGGCCAGCCGACGAGCUUGGUGAGAGAGUUGCAUGUCUAUGGGAGUGCGGUGCCUGUGCAUGCGAGGGAUCCGAAGAAAUUCCAGCAUCAGGGGUAUGGAACGUUGUUGAUGGAGGAGGCAGAGAGGAUCGCGGGGGAGGAGCAUGGAAGUAGUAAGAUUAGCGUUAUUUCGGGGGUUGGGGUGAGGAGUUAUUAUGCUAAGUUGGGGUACUGGCUUGAUGGCCCGUAUAUGAGCAAGACGCUGAAGCCAGAGUGGACGAGGCAAUAAAUACGUCAGCCGCACAGAGGUAUGAGAUAGGAAUUGCGCAAGGGAUCGUGUUCCCGCAUGUGUGGGGUUUUAAAAGAGGUCGUGAAGCACGAACUAUUGGGAAAUUCUGUCAUGGGAGUAAGUUUAUUGCUCGCAUAUAGUCGCGCCAAGCCAAGGCAGGUACAGAUCCUAUGCCAUGCCAAGUAA